UGCUGUGCCGGGUACAGGCAGCGCCAGUUUCACAGCAGGGAUUGAGGCUCAGAGCAGGAGGCUGAGAGGUGAUGAUGGAGGUCGUGGAAGGACUCUCAGGGAGACCCCAGCUACUGCCAUGGGGAGCUGGGAUUGUUGCUGUGCUUUUGACAAUCGUGACUGUGUGUGCCCUGCCUUCCCUGAUGGAAUACUGGAGGCAAUGGCGGAUGAUGAAGUCGAUCCCGGGUGUCAGCCCCUGCUAUCCUGUGGUGGGAAAUGCCCUGCUCUUUGAGCGGAAAGGAGAAGAUUUUUUUAAUCAGAUAAAGAUUUAUACUGAAAAGUUCAGAAGUUGGCCAUUGUUCAAACUUUGGAUAGGACCAGUACCUGCCACGUUUUUGUAUCACCCUGACAGUGUGGAGGCUAUUCUGAACAAUUCAAAACAUAUAGAAAAAUCAUACCUGUAUGAAUUCCUGCAUCCAUGGCUGGGCACUGGACUUCUGACAAGCACUGGAGACAAGUGGCGGUCACGGAGGAAGAUGAUAACUCCCACAUUCCACUUUGCAAUCUUGAGUGACUUUCUAGAGGUCAUGAAUGAACAAGGAAAUAUUUUGGUGAAGAAACUUGAGAAGCAUGUUGACAAGGAGCCAUUUGAUGUCUUUAUGGACAUCACUCUGUGUGCCCUUGAUAUCAUUUGUGAAACAGCAAUGGGCAGGAAUGUGGGUGCCCAGAAGAAUAAGGAUUCUGACUAUGUUUCUGCUGUCUAUAGGAUGAGUGAUCUAAUCCAACGGCGACAGAUGAGCCCUUGGCUUUGGCCUGACUUUUUGUAUGUAUUGUUCAAAGAAGGAAGAGAGCACAAGAGGAAGCUCAGCAUCCUUCACAAUUUUACAGAUACGGUCAUUGCAGAAAAAGCUGAAGAACUUAAAAACACCCAGCAAAAGAAACAUGAUAAUGAUGGUAACUCUGUGGAAGGUGGUUCCAAAAAGAGAAAAGCAUUCCUGGACAUGCUGCUGAAUGCAACAGAUGAUGAAGGGCAAAAAUUGAGCUACAGGGACAUUCGUGAGGAAGUGGAUACUUUCAUGUUUGAGGGCCAUGAUACAACAGCAGCUGCUAUGAACUGGGUCUUGUACUUGCUUGGACAUAAUCCAGAAGUUCAGAAGAAGGUUCACAAGGAAUUGGAUGAGGUGUUUGACAAUACUGAACGUGCUGUUACAAUGGAGGAUUUGAAGAAUCUUCGAUACCUCGAAUGUGUUGUGAAAGAAGCUCUUCGUCUCUACCCUUCAGUUCCCAUAUUUGCCCGCACCUUGAGAGAGGAUUGCUGCAUUAGGGGCUAUCAGGUACCAAGAGGUGCUAGUGUUGUUGUUUUAACUUAUGCCCUGCAUAGAGACCCUGAGGUCUUCCCUGACCCGGAGGAGUUCAGGCCUGAGCGAUUCUUCCCUGAAAAUUCUAAGGGAAGGCACCCAUAUGCUUAUGUGCCCUUCUCAGCUGGUCCCAGGAACUGCAUUGGUCAGCGCUUUGCACUAAUGGAGGAGAAAACUCUUCUAGCCCUCAUCCUGCGGCGCUUUUGGGUGGAAUCAUGUCAAAAGCCAGAAGAGCUUGGUUUAUGUGGAGAAUUGAUUCUUCGUCCAAAUAAAGGCAUCUGGAUUAAACUGAAGAGGAGACCAAAUGCUGGAUCAGAAUGAAAGGAAUUUCAAGAGUUUACUUCCGAAAGUUUUCAAUCUAUGUAGGCUGAGACAUAUUUUAAAAUCAAAUAUUUUGAUGUCAGCCCAGCAAUUCGUUAAACUAGCUGCUAUUGUUUUAUUAAAAAAGAUGCAGUAAUAGCCCUAGUUGCUCUACUUUUUUAGGGCUUGUGAACAUCAUGUUAAUCUUUGAAAUGCAAGUCUUUAAUUCUUGUAUUUUAGUGCCUUAUCUGCUCAGAUGAAACUAUUCUAUUGCCACAGUGCCAUAAAAACUAACUUAUGGUAAUAACAACAGCAAUGCCUGUCAUGAAGUGGUCAGCUUACACGCCAUAGCAUUUUCCAAGUAACUGGGAAGUCUCAAGUGUUUGUAAGGUUUUCAGGUUUCUUUUUCUUUAUUUCUGAAAAAUACCAGUGAUAAUCCUUCUUCUUGGCACAAUUAUUUUUUUUUCUUUUGGUGAUGACUGCCUCUGUAAGACCACACAAAAAUCUCUGAUAAUUUCAUUCCUUCUUGGUAAGCAUUUAAAGUAGUUUGUAAGAAGGAGGUGCUCUGAAUUAUUUUUUAGCAAACUGUACCAAAAGCAUUAAUCUGUAUAACCACAGCAGGAACUAGACCAUGUGCAAAUUACACACAGGAUUUUGUAAUGACAAAAUCAAUGUAUUAUUACACACUUUGAGAAUAAACUCCUCCUAUGUCUCAA